AUUAGUGUUAUAAAAUGUGUUAAUAUUUGCUGUUGUUGGCUGGAAUGGAAUAUGGUAUUCGCAUUAUUUAUAACGUUUAUUGUGCUCGUAAACACGUUGCUGCUUGAAUUCUCGGUUUGUUCAAGGAAUAACUGUUAUUUAUUAGAGGACAACGCCUGUGCAUGGAUCAUAUGAAUGCUGAAUUGCAAAAGAUAAAAAAAAGAAUUAUUGGUAAGAAUGAUAGAGCAUUUAUUGUGUAAUAUUUGAGAUUAUUAUAUUAAUG